AUGAAAAAAAAAAUAACAGAAACCAAUUCCAUGAUGUUUUUAUCAUCUCCACCAAUAAACUCUCAAAAAGCCAAUAACGACAACACCUAUGAAAAUGAAGAUGUGUGGGAUGAUCGAUAUCUAAUCGAUGUCUAUGAAAACGCCAUAAAUAGUUAUAUUAGCUCCCACAGUGGUAAUAAAACAAAUGAAGAUAAAAAAAAAUCAAAACUUAUCGAACAACAACCCUCACCACAACAACAGCAAAAGCAAAAUGUAAAUAAUAAAAACGAUACAAAUAAAAAAAAUAUAAAGGAAACAAAUACAGGUACAGGUUCAGUAAAUAUAAAAAAAAAAAAAUCAAGUAAUUUUAAUGAAAGUUUAAAUAAUAAUAUUCAAAAAAAAAUAGAAAUUCAAAGUCUAAAUGAUGAUGAUGAGGAAUAUGAAGAAAACUAUGAAGAUUACCCAAACUAUUACAACAAUAACCAUUCCUAUUAUCAACAACCCCAACAACCUCAUCAACCCCACCAACCUCAUCAAUAUCACCAUUACCCACAAUAUCAUCAAUCGCACUCACAACCACAGCAACCACAACAACCACAACCACAGCAACCACAACCACAACCUAACUACAUUCCAUUUCAAAAAAAUUUUCAACCACCACCAAUCCCAUCAAUUUUACCUGAUACCGAUGAUGAAUUAGCAGAUCUCCUCUUGAGCUGGUAUUAUAGUGGAUAUUAUACAGGUGUAUUUCAAGAGAGGAAAAGAAUUAGAGAUAAAUUAAAUAUCAAUAGGAAUUCCGAACAAACAUCAUCCCCCCAACCAAAUAAACAACAACAACAACAACAAAAAAAAAGCUUUACAAAACAAUAA